AUGGAAGGGAAAGGGGAAGCGACCAUCUCUAGACGAUCAUUACGACCAAAAAUCACCGAGUCCAGUGCUCAACCAGCCGACCCAGGAGCAGCAGUAUCGUCAGUCAUAUCCUUCGUAUCAAUCGCCGCCACCACCACCACAACCAGCGUCAUCACAGCAUUCGCGAUCGAGUACCCUGCAGUCGCCAUUACAAUCGCCGUCGCCGCUUCCCUUCCCGUCAUCGUCUUCGUCGUCGUUUCCAAACUUGCCAGCUUUAGCCCCCAAACCGGCCCAGACCCAGGCUCCAAUACCAGGGCGAGCACAGACAUACCCGACGCAACUACGACCAACAGUAGCAAGCGGAUCACCAACGCGAACAUCGACGCGACUACCAACACCAGCUUCUCCAUCGCCCUUGCCACCACGAUUACCACCGCAACCGACACGCUCAAAAACUGCGCCUAG